UUCUUUUUAUUACCAUUUCGCCACUCCUCUGUCUCUCUUACUCUCACCCAUCAUCAUCAUCAUCAUCAUCAUCAUCGACCUCCCUCGCUUUCCAUGGCUUCUGUUGCUCAGUCUUCCACUCAGACUGUGUCAACUGGGGUUGUUAACUCUGAUGCCAAUGUGUUCCAGUUGAUCCAAGCUCACCAGGAAAAGGCAGCUCGGCUUCCUCCGGUUGAGGAAAUUAGAACCGUGCUUGACCAGAGCAGGCACGGCAUGCUUUCAACUUUUUCUCAGUUGGCACAACUGAAGGGUGUUGUUCGUGAUGUUAGGGUAGGAUUGCUCGUGGUUGUUAUCAGCAGAGUUAUGACUUUAUAUUUAACACUUCUCGUGGAAGGAUGGGAGAAGCAUGGGGGUUAUCCGUCUGGGUCAAUGGUUGAUUUUGCAUGCGAUGCUGAUGGAUCUCCAAUAGUAGCAGUCAGCAGCUGGGCAGUACAUGCUAAGGACCUAAUAGCCAAUCCCAAAUGCUCAUUGCUUGUUGCUAAAGAUCCUGAAGAUAGGAAUGAUUUAGUAAUCACCCUGCAUGGUGAUUCCAUUCCUGUUUCUGAGAAAGAUGUAACUGCUGUUCGAACAGCAUAUCUGGCAAAGCAUCCUGAUGCAUUCAGGGUUGACUUUGGUGAUUUCCAAUUUAUGCGCAUUGAACCAAAAGCUGUGCAAUAUGUGUCAGGAGUUGCAUCUACUUUGCUUGGAUCUGGCGAAUUCAGCAAAGAAGAGUACCAGACUGCUAAAGUUGAUCCAAUUGCUCAAUUUUCUAAACCUGUUGCGUCUCACAUGAACAGAGAUCAUGCUGAAGAUACAAGACUCAUAGUGCAACACUCAACUUCAAUUCCGGUGGACUCUGCUUAUAUGCUGGAUGUGGACAGUCUUGGAUUCAAUGUUAAGGCUGUUUAUCAAGGAAAUACUUACAAGCUUCGAAUUCCUUUCCCUAGACGUGCAGAAGAGAGAAAGGAUGUAAAGACUCUGGUGAUAGAGAUGCUUCAAGCUGCGAAGUCUUAAAUUAAAUGAUUCCUUGCUGAACAGAGAGAGGUUUCUUUAUUCAAAAAUUCAGCCAUGAAAGAAAAUGUCACUCUUAAGCAUGAAAACCUUGUCUUGUUCUCAAUGUGAUCAAAUUACGAGUCUUGUAAACAUCUUAUGUGCUUGUAUUGCUCAUUCAAAAAACAACUACGAUUUUUUGAGGGCAUGAAUAAGAGCUUUUGUUUUUUGGCACA